AUGUUUGAAGCACGCUUGGCCAACGGCAAGACCCUCAAGGACAUUAUCGAGUCCAUCAAGGAUCUUGUGAAUGAUGCGAAUCUGGAUUGUUCGGAAGAAGGCAUUUCCAUUCAAUGCAUGGACAGUUCGCACGUGUCUCUGGUAUCGAUUAGUCUGGCGGCCAAUGCGUUUGAUCAUUACCGAUGCGAUCGUCCUCUCUCCUUGGGACUCAACAGUGCGAAUAUGGCCAAGAUCUUCAAAAUGAUGGGCAAGGACGAUUCGGUUGUCUUGAAGGCAGAAGAUGAACCGGAUAACCUCACCAUGAUGUUUGAAAAUGACAAGACUGAUACCAUUGCCGAUUUUGAACUCAAACUCAUGGACAUUGACAAUGAACAGCUGGGAAUUCCGGAUACUCCCUACAAAUGCACCAUUCAAAUGCCCGCUGGCGAAUUCCAGAGAAUCAUUCGCGACCUUCAAGUGCUGGGAGACGCCUGUACCAUUUCCUGUACCAAGGAGGGAAUCCGAUUCACUGUUUCGGGUAGCAUCGGGACGGGAAAUAUCCUCAUUCGCGCCCACGACGCCGAAAAGGAGGAAAACUCCGUCAAGAUUGAAAUGGAGGAACCCGUCGAACUCUCGUUUGCCCUUCGGUAUCUCAACUUUUUCACCAAGGCGACUCCCUUGAGUGCACAGGUCGUUCUCUGUAUGAGCCCCGAAGUACCUAUUGUUGUCGAUUAUCCCAUUGAAGAUACCGGUUUUGUCAAGUUCUAUUUGGCUCCCAAGAUUGAUGAAGGUGAUGAAGAGGAGUAA